GUCGUAUGCAAAAUAAAUAAAUAAUAAACCAUAGUAUCAUAUUAAUUAACCUAGGUUCUAGAUAUGAUUAUAACAGUUUUUUUUAAAUAAUUAAAAUCAUAAUAAAUUAUGUUCAAAUGAAUAAUGAAUAACAAACUUUUAAACACUCUAGCUAACGCAAUAGAUAAUAAGGAUGAAAUUAAAAAAAGGAUAGACAAUGGGAAAAUUACUUUUAGUGAACUACAAUCAUGCGUUGAAAACUGUCAGAAUCGUUUCGGGGGAAGAUCAGAAUUGGCCACGGAAGAUGAUAUGAGAAUUUUAAACCUGUGUGAAAAAUGGGAAAAAGUUCUUAGUCAUGGGCUGAAGACAAAUCUUUCAAAUUCAGCUAUACAAAACUUUGUAGCUGCUGGGUUAAAUUUAACUUUUAAUAUUGUUAACAUUGGAAAUUCUUUGUGGAGCUAUUGUUGUCUUCAUCUUACAAAACAUGAGAAAGAAAGGUUCAAAAUACUAUCUAAUAUUAACACCCCACUGGGUUACUUCAGAGCGUUUCUACGAGCCUCUUUGAAUGAAAGAUCAUUAGAAAGAUAUUUACAAAGCUGGGUUUCACAUGGGCUGCUAAUUGAAUAUUAUGAUGAAGGUGCAUUUGUUCGUAGCCCUGAAGCAAGCUUCCUUCCUAGUGUAGCUGCAGGCUUAUCAUCUGUUUUGUUUGCAUUAUCAAUUGACAGAGCAGAACUCAAUGAAUCACAGCAAUUAAAUCAAGUAAAUAAAUCUGAACUUGUUAUACCACUACCUACACCUAUUAAAACAUCUGGUAAUUCGAAACGAAAACCAAUACGACAAGUUAUAUCUUUUGACAAAGACGAAGAUAAAAAUGAGAUCAAGCAAAAAAAUUGCAUUGAACCCAAGGAAAAUAUAAGUGAAUGCUCCUGGAAUAGUGCACCAGCGACUUGUCUCAAUUCACCGGAUCCUAAAAUAACAUCGAAAGUGGUAUCUGUUAGUGAACCAACAAGCUCAGAUUACAAGAGUAGUCUUAGACAUUUUUUUCCUGACAGUGUAAAAUCUAUGGACAACCCCUUGCAAAUACUAUCAAAGUUGUCGGAAAGUGCCAAAGAAAUAUUUUCGAACUCUCACAGUAGUAUAGACAAGAAUAUUGUCGUUAAAGAUGAUAUGUCAGAUUUGAGUGUCAAUUGUCUUAAAAUAUCUGAGAGUGAUAGCGAAGAGGUUGCAGGAAGUAUUGAUGGAAGCACAUCAUGCUUAGAGCUUUGCUUCACUGAAGAUGAAAGUGUUCCAGAUGAUAAAAAUCUCAGUUUGGUCUUAGAGAAUAGGGAGAAAGAAUUCAUGAAUUUACAAUUCAAGUACAAUCAAUUUGAAUUAGCAACUAAAGAGAAAAUAAAUAAGUUAGAAAAAGUUGUAUUAGAUCUAAGCAAAGAGAACGACAGAUUGAAGGAUCAGUUAAGAAAGUAUAUGUCUGCAGUAGAAAUGGGAAAAGCGUUAAAGAAUAACAACAGUCAUGAUGAAGAAAUAAAUCAGUAUGAGAAGAAAUUAGUUCAGGUAGCAGAAAUGCACGCUGAACUAAUGGAGUUCAACCAACAUUUACAAAGAAAGCUACAAGAUCUAGAGAAUUCCGGUCUCGAAGUACUUGAAUUACCAGAGUCAAAUGUGAAAGUCUACAUUCCCAGUGCUUUCUUAGUCGGAAAGAAAACUCAGUCUUAUCAUGUUUAUCAGGUUUUUCUAAAAAUUGGUCAAGAGGAAUGGAAUGUCUAUCACAGAUAUGCAAAGUUUUAUGAAUUACAUACUCAACUCAAAAAGUGCCACCCUGAUAUCGCAAAUUAUAAAUUUCCACCCAAAAAAACAUUACGCAAACGGGACGCGCGCGUGGUGUCGGCGCGGCGCGCGGCGCUGCAGGCGUACCUGCGCCACGUGCUGCUGACGCUGCCCGAGCUGCGCGAGUGCACCAGCCGCGCUCAGCUCAUCACCUUGCUGCCAUUCUUCGGGACUUCAUCUACUAUCAAAGAAAAUGGCCUUAACAACACGCUGACGCGUCAACAGUCCAAUGACUCUGUAUGCACUUUUGAUGAACUUUGAUUUCCCACAAACCAAUUGAGCUGAAAUUUUGAAUAUAUAUGUGUAACUUUGGUGACAAAGCAAUAAUACGGUACGGCAUAGUACCUUUGAGGCGUGAACUGGCCACAGGAACUCCUUUAUUGCUCAACAUAUCUCUGUCGAGCUUGGGUUUGUUGGAUUUGUCUUGAUAACUAUAAUUGUAGAUCUAGGUGGUAUCCAAGGUCUUAUGAUAGAGCCCACAAGUACUCCUCAUCUAAACAUAUAACUUUGGUGUGGGCUUUUUUCCCGGUUUUAAUAUGUGGCUAAAAUAAAAACUUAUUUUAAAGAGUUUUUAUAUUUAUUAUUUAUUUAUUUAAUAACAAGUUUAAUUACUUCCAAAACAAACAAUAAAUCAUUUCAGCUAAAAAAAAUAGAUAUUAUAAUUAUAAGAUAAUUCUAUUUAUUCUUAAUUUAAAAAAGAUAAUAAUUAAUAAUAUAUAAAAUAUCGAUAUAUUUUAGGUUUGAAAAUUAUUAUUGUUAUUAUUUUGAAUAUUACAGAACAUUUGAAUUAGUAAGAGAUUACUGGUUAAGCGAUAUGAUAGGUUAUAGCAAUUAGCACUUUUUUGGCCUCAUGUGUCAAUAAUUGAGUGCAAAAAAAAAUGAAUAAUAAAAUUUGUCAAACUAAAUAUAUUUUCACUUAUAAUGUAUUCAGAAAAGUAUAUUUUGAUUCUAAAAAAAUAGAAUUUUACAAAGAGAUAAUAUUUAAUUGAAAUGUGUCUGGUCGAAUUAUUUUGAUGUAAUUUUUUGUAUUCAUAUCAAGAUGCACUUUAAACAAUAACAAAACAACAAAUAACAAUGAAUGUCAAAUUCCGGAAACGCUACGAAGAUAACGAUUAAUCUUAAUAAUAAUUUUAAAAUAACGAUCAAAAGUUAUUUUAAUAAUUUUCCUAGCACGCCUCAUUAGAUAUAAACCAUAUUAAGCUGUAUGUAUAAUAUUAUUAUGUAUUAUUAUAGAAUAGGAUUGUAAUAUUUAAUUAUUUAUUGCACCAAUUGUUUUGUUUAGUUUUAAUUACCAUCGACCAUUAUCAUAUCACACGUAGCCUUAAAAUAAGCUUUAUUUUCGUAACGUAACACAAUCCUGUAGCUAUAAUAAAUAUGCAGUUUUAUAUACGUAAUACAUUAAAGUAGUAAUAUUGUAUUAAAACACUCUUAUUUUUUUCAA